UUCAGAGGCGUUAAACACACGCCCACAUUUUUUCCCGCAUGGUGGACCGAAGCGUCGUUUUUUAAGGCUGUAGCUGUAUGUGUGUGUGUAUCAGUAUGUGACAGUGAGGGGUUUUGGUUUGUAUGACCAGUUUGUUCGCGUCUUUGAAACAAUAAAAUAGACGUUGGACGAAAGGACCCAUCCUCCAAGUCUGCUCCACUCUUGGAUAGUGAGCUAGUUAGCUUUUGGGCUAGCUGGCUAACAGUGCUACUUGAGAAGAAUGAAGACUUUUAAUGGAAACAAUGGUAUUAUGGACAUGUUUGAAAAGGGAAAAAUACUGAAAAUAUGUGCCCCAAUGGUUCGAUAUUCAAAGCUCGCAUUCAGGUCCCUGGUGAGGAAAUACAACUGUGACAUCUGCUUCACCCCGAUGAUCGUUGCUGCUGACUUCAUGCGAUCUGUCAAAGCCAGAGACAGCGAAUUCACUACCAGUGAGCGUGACCGGCCCCUGAUAGUGCAGUUUGCGGCCCAUGAUGCCCAGACUCUGGCCGAUGCUGCCUGCGUGGUAGCCCCUUUCUCAGAUGGGGUUGAUCUCAACUGUGGCUGUCCCCAGAGAUGGGCUAUGUCAGCUGGCUAUGGUGCAUGCCUCAUCAACAAGCCUGAACUUGUGAAAGACAUGGUCAGACAUGUCAGAAACCAAGUGGACAAUCCAAACUAUACAGUGUCCAUCAAAAUAAGAAUCCACAAGGACCUGAGGCGGACAGUGGAUCUGUGCCAGAAGGCUGAAUCAGCUGGUGUGUCAUGGAUAACAGUCCAUGGCCGUAUGACAGAAGAACGCCACCAGCCAGUUCAUUGGGAUGCCAUAAAGACAAUCAAAGACAGCAUAUCCGUACCCGUCAUUGCGAAUGGGGACAUAAAGUACCUCCGUGAUGUGGAGUCCGCUCACCAGCUUACUGGUGUUGAUGGUAGGUUUGUUUUCAACAAAAAGAUGACCUUGCAAUGGACUGCUGUGGCCCUCUUUCUCUAUAUGGAGAUUGGCAUCAUUGUCAUCCUCUGUUUACCCUUCAUCUCUGCCAGGAGGUGGCAGAGUAUUUUCCAGUUGAGGAUCUGGAGCUGCAUGGCAAUGUUCUGGAACAAAGUGUUUCUCACCAUGAUCAUAAUACUUAUCGUUCUCUUCCUCGAUGCUGUCCGUGAAGUGAGAAAGUAUUCGGGUAAAGACCAUGGCACAGAUGCCAAGCUGCAACCGAACAUGUUUGACCACCUUCACAUGAAGCUUUUUAGAGCCCAGAGAAACCUCUACAUCUCUGGCUUUGCUGUCUUCCUCUGGCUGGUUAUGAAGCGAGUUAUCACCUUGAUUAACCAGCUGGCAUCAGUGUCUGGCACUACGGCUGCUCUUCAGGUGCAGGCUGACAGUGCUAAUCGGACUGCCAAGAAAUACAUGGAGGACAAUGAGCUGCUGAAACAGACUCUGAUGAAAGGGAAGGGUGAUAAGGCUACUUCAGAGGGCAUGGAGCUGUUGAGAAAGGAGGUGGAGAAACUGAAAGAAGAACUGAAGACUGCAGAAGAUGCCCUGAAGAAGUCCCAGUCAGAGGCAGAUGUAAUGAAGACGCAGACGGAUGGCCUUGCCCGGGAGUAUGACAGACUGCUGAAAGAACAUCAGGAGCUCCAGAACCUCCAAGAUAGUGGAAGCAAAAAGGAUGACUAGCUAUUGUAAAAUGUUUAAAGGUUGAAGUGUUUAUACGGCAAUUUAGUCCUGUCACGAGAGGGCCACUGCAAAACUUGCUCUACCGUCAUAUAGCACCUUGUGUCACAAUGCAUAUUCCAAAACCAGGAAUGGGUCUUCGGAAAAUGGCUGAAAUCAAUGAUGGUUUUAAAGCAUGAAGGUGAAUUUGCAUUAGAGAACCAGACUGGCUUAAACGGAAUGAGUAAUAUUUGAUGGUUUCCUGUUUCUGCCUGGUGCAGUGUGACUAAGAGGAUUUAUUCUUCAAGUUCACAGUCUAUCAGGCAGAUUAAUUGUGCAGGGUAAUCGGAAAGAAUUCAUUCAGUAAUUGACCCAUGUCUGAUCACAGCGCACUUAAUAUGUUAAAGAAAUAUGCAGCUAGGAUGGCUGUUGUUUGAUGGUUUGUGUCAUUUGUUUCAGCCGGGUGCACAGCGUAGAGUGCAAGAUUUAGAUUACUGUGGCAAACAGCUAUGAAUGUAUUUUGACAUUAAAGAGUUGCUUCUUUAUUUCUGCAUGUAGCAGGCACACCUGCUGCACCACUUGAGCAUAAAUACAGUGUGUAAAUUCAGUCUGUAUUUGCAUGACUAUGCAAAUGUAGUUUGCAUGUACAGUUGCACUUAGACAAAUCAUCUUCACGUUUUUCUUGUAUUCCAGCUAUUGUUCUGUACUUUUUUUAACUUAAAUAGUUAUGGUGGACAUAAUGGUUAGACAACAUGCAGCAUCAAAGUGUUUUUUGUUUUGGUUUCCUGCUUAAUUUUCAGAUGUAAAUGUGAUGAAACUCUCCCCUCAUAUCUGUGGAUAUAAAUAAAACAUGAGAUCUAUAGGGAUAGACAAUUGAAUUCAACCAUUUAUGAUCUUAUUUUAUGCUUAAAAUAAAAUCAAUUCAUGUUUCUGGGCCUCUGAAGGUCCAGAUUCUGUAAUGUUUGCUCCACUGCAUGUUUCAAGUGUUCAUUUAUGGGUUGGAACAGUAGUUGCACUUUGAGAUGUUCUGUAUAAAAAUAGGCUGUAUGGUUUUUCUUAUAUUUCCAUUAUCCUGCAAGAUGAGCUGAGAUUGAUGCAUGGAUUUACCACAUUUCCUUUUCAGGUCAUAAAACAGCAAAAUACAUCUUCAAGUUGUGGUCUUAUAUUUCUGUUAUAGACAGCAAUCAGAAUGAAGUGCCUUGUAGGUGGAUGCAGUACAUUUUGUAAAAUAAAGAUCUGUUUCUUCAU